CACGAGACUCUUGCAGAGUUGCAUGCUCAGGAAGUGUGAUUCACUUGAACAAUACCAACAACAAGUGACAGUUUUAACGUUGUGGAUACAUAUUUAGGUGUAUGCACAGUUGAAUAUUUUCCAACUAUACAGGAAACACCUCUACAAAGAGGUGAAAAUGUUUGCGGGGCUAAGUGAACUGGGCAUAUCUAAUGGCGAAGAUUUGAAAGAAACUCUAACAAACUGCACAGAACCACUGAAAGCCAUUGACCAGUUUCAGAUGGAAAAUGGCAUAUUGCUGCCAACGCUGCAGUCUGCUCUACCAUUUCUGGAUCUUCAUGGUACUCCAAGACUCGAGUUCCAUCAGUCGGUUUUUGACGAACUGCGUGACAAGUUGAUGGAGCGAGUCGCCACAAUAGCGGAAGGAAAGGAGGAGGAUAGGUAUUCUAAACUGGAGGAGUUAUUGGAGAAAAGUUUUCCCCUAGUGAAGAUGCCCUCCAUUCAGCCUGUAGUUAUGCAGGUUCUCAAACACCUGCCAAAGGUCCCUGAGAAAAAGCUGAAACAGGUGAUGGCUGAUAAAGAGCUCUACAAGGUCUGUGCUGUUGAAGUGAAAAGACAGAUCUGGCAGGACAACCAGGCUCUGUUUGGAGACGAAGUGUCCCCUCUGCUGAAGCAGUAUAUUGUGGAGAAAGAGGCUGCACUCUUUAGCAGUGAUCUCUCUAUAUUGCAUAACUUCUUUAGUCCUUCACCCAAGACACGACGCCAAGGAGAGGUUGUACUAAAACUGACCCAGAUGAUCGGGAAGAAUGUAAAGCUGUAUGACAUGGUGCUGCAGUUUCUGCGCACACUUUUCCUGCGGACACGCAACGUCCACUACUGUACUCUGCGGGCAGAGCUUCUCAUGUCCCUUCAUGACCUUGACAUCAGUGAGAUCUGUUUAGUUGAUCCUUGUCAUAAGUUCACCUGGUGUCUGGAUGCAUGCAUCAGGGAAAAGUUUGUUGACGCCAAGAGAGCCAGAGAGUUGCAAGGCUUUCUGGACGGGGUCAAGAAAGGGCAGGAACAAGUACUGGGGGAUCUUUCUAUGAUACUCUGUGACCCAUUUGCCAGUAACACCCUGGUGCUGAGUACUGUAAGAAAUCUGCAGGAGCUGCUUAGCCAGGAUGCUCUUCCCAGGGACAGCCCAGACCUACUGCUACUACUAAGAAUGCUGUGUCUGGGACAAGGCGCGUGGGACAUGAUCGACAGUCAAGUUUUCAAAGAGCCUCGACUGGAACUGGAGGUGGUUACUCGUUUUCUGCCCGCCAUGAUGUCAAUAGUGGUGGACGACUACACCUUCACUGUGGAGCAGAAGUUGCCGAGUGAGGAGAAGACCUCCAUAACCUACCCCACCCUUCUGCCUGACACCUUCACUAAGUUUCUUCAGGAGAACAGAGUUGCCUGUGAGAUGGGUCUGUAUUAUGUGCUCCACAUUGCCAAGCAGAGGAACAAAAAUGCCCUGCAGAGAUUGCUUCCUGCUCUAGUGGAGACUCACAAUGACGCAGCAUUUGGAGACAUCUUUCUGCAUCUCCUGACUGGUCACCUGACUCUGCUGUCCGACGAGUUUGGAGCGGAAGAGUUUUGCGCUGCUGUUUUUGACACAUUUCUACUGACCUCCUGCUCCAGCAAGGAGAAUGUGCACAGGCACACACUACGCCUUUUGAACCACCUCUGUCUGAAAGUGCAGCCCUCCGUCAUGGAAACCCUAGUGAAGACUCUCGAGCCUCCUAAACAGUGCAGUGAGCCUGUGAAGGAGCUCUACACCCAGCUGACGGAGAAGCUGGAGGCCCAGAAGAAGAGUCCCCCUGAGCCUGAGGAGCCCCCCUCCCUGGAUCUGGGCCUGCACCCCAUCACGGUCCCGACCACCCCGGCCACCCCCACUACCCCUCUCUGAGACUGGAGCUCAGUAGGCAUCAUGGGAAAUCACAGAUCAGGUCUGCUCUAAUAACACCUGCAGCAGUCUGAGGCUCAGUGCCAUCUUUUAUCAGACUGUCCACCAACUGGUAGGACAACUGGUAGGUCAGAUUACAUAGAUCAUCAGUGGGAUUGCUUUAUAAAGAACUGGGGGUACCCUUGUUAUUAUGUUGUUGUUGUUUUUCUAUAUUUUCUAGAAUUAUUUUAAAGCUCAUUAUUGUGUGUACUUUCAUUUUAUGAAAAUGUAAACUCAUUUAAUUGUUGUAUAUGUUCAAAGUAUAUUUUCUUAUGUGCAGUGUGUACACUGAAUGUGCUCUCUGUUGUGUGAAUUGUAUCUGUGGUACAGUAAGCUGUAAAUAAAGUCAUUAUUUAGGAAACUA